AUGGAGACAGAAGUAAGCUUCUCAUCAAUUGCUCCACCAGUGUUCAAUGGUGACAAUUACCAGUUUUGGGCAGUACGGAUGGAGACAUACUUAGAGGCUCUGGAUUUGUGGGAGGCAGUGGAAGAAGAUUAUGAAAUCCCUGCACUUCCAAACAAUCCCACCAUGGCGCAGGUCAAAUCUCAGAAGGAGAAGAAGACAAAAAAAUCAAAGGCAAAGGCGUGCUUGUUUGCUGCAGUAGCAUCCACCAUUUUCACUCGAAUCAUGUCUCUGAAAACAGCAAAGGAGAUAUGGGAGUUUCUCAAGACUGAGUAUGAAGGGGAUGAAAGAAUUCAAGGAAAGUUUGCAAUUGAGAAAGAAACAAUGAGGCUCUUAAGGUUCUCCCCCUUAGUUCUCUCUGUCCUCCUCAUUUAUCUCGUUGAGACUUGUGCUGCCAAAAAGUCUUACAUAGUUUACAUGGGAGAGUCUUCGUUUUCCCCAUUAUCAUCAACUGGAGAGAGUUCUUUUUCAGAAUUAGAUGUGCAGAAAAUGACAAAAUCACACUUUGAUCUUCUUGGAUCAUGCCUGGAGAGCAAAGAGAAUGUCCAGGAUGUGAUGAUUUACUCUUACACUAGAUGUCUCAACGGUUUCGCUGCAUACCUCAAUGAAGCUCAAGUAGCUGCCAUGAAAGGUAAUCCGGGAGUGAUAUCGGUUUUCGAGAACCAAGAAAGAAUAUUGCACACAACACAUUCAUGGGAAUUUAUUGGAUUUGAAGCAAAUGGAGCACCUACCCUCAACUCGCUUCAGAAGAAGGCAAACUUUGGUGAAGGCGUAAUCAUUGCAAAUCUUGAUACCGGUGUAUGGCCAGAAUCCAAGAGCUUUAAUGAUGAGGGAAUGGGCCCUGUGCCAUCAAGAUGGAAGGGAACUUGUCAGGCUGGAGGUGGAUUUAAGUGCAACAAAAAGCUUAUUGGUGCAAGGUACUUCAACAAAGGUUUUGCUUCUGCGAGUCCUACUCCAAUCCCUACAGAGUGGAAUACUGCCCGUGACACCGAGGGCCACGGUUCCCACACCUUAUCUACAGCUGGUGGUAGCUUUGUUCCUGGAGCGGGUAUUUUUGGUAAUGGGAAUGGAACUGCUAAAGGUGGAUCGCCAAAAGCUCACGUGGCUGCUUACAAAGUAUGCUGGCCUUCAGAUAACGGUGGAUGCUUUGAUGCAGAUAUCUUGGCAGCUUUUGAUGCUGCCAUAGGUGAUGGAGUUGAUGUGAUCUCAAUGUCGUUGGGUCCAAGUUUUCCUGUAGAGUUUUUGCAAGAUGCAAUGGCCAUUGGCUCCUUCCAUGCCAUCAAGAAAGGCAUUCCCGUCGUUGCUUCAGCCGGCAAUAGCGGACCAGAUGCUGGGUCCGUAGCUAAUGGGGCUCCCUGGUUGUUUACGAUUGGUGCUAGUACACUGGAUCGUGAUUUUUCAGCCACUGUUACUCUUGGCAACAAGAAGUUUGUCAAGGGAUCGAGUGUUGCAAGUAAAAGCUUACCAGCUGGGAAAUUCUAUCCAUUGAUCAAUGCCGCAGAAGCAGGGCUUCCUACAGCAUCAUCUGCAGAUGCUCAGCUAUGCCAAAAUGGAACACUUGAUCCCAAGAAGGUUGCAGGGAAGAUUAUAGUAUGCCUUCGAGGAAUAAACAGUAGAGUAGUAAAAGGACAUGAGGCUGAGCUUGCAGGUGCCGUUGGGAUGAUAUUGGCAAACAAUGAAGAAAGUGGAAGUGAACUUUUGUCCGAUCCUCAUGUGCUCCCCGCUGCCCACCUCACGUUCACUGAUGGUCAAGCUGUAAUGGACUACAUCAAGUCGACCAAAAAUCCUACAGCAUCAAUUAGUCCAGUACAUACAGAUUUAGGAGUCGUGCCGAAUCCUGUGAUGGCUGCAUUCUCAUCAAGGGGACCUAGUGUAAUUGAGCCAGCAAUACUUAAGCCUGAUGUCACUGCACCUGGGGUUGAUGUAAUCGCUGCUUUCACGGAAGCUAUAGGGCCAUCUGAACUACCUUUUGACAAGCGUCGGACACCUUACAUCACCAUGUCCGGCACUUCAAUGUCAUGUCCUCAUGUUUCCGGCAUUGUUGGCCUCCUUAGAGCUAUCCAUCCAGAUUGGAGUCCCGCUGCUAUUAAAUCUGCAAUCAUGACAACAGCAAAAACAAAAUCUAACUCCAAGAAGAGAAUACUCGAUGCUGAUGGCCAACCUGCGACACCAUUUGCAUAUGGUGCAGGACAUGUGAAUCCAAAUCUUGCAGCAGAUCCUGGCCUAGUUUAUGACACGAACGUGAUUGAUUACCUCAACUUCUUAUGUGCCCAUGGCUAUAACAGUACCUUCAUACUAGAAUUCUCAGGUGUGCCUUAUAAAUGUCCUGAGAAAGCUAGCUUGGCUGAAUUCAACUAUCCUUCAAUCACAGUACCUGAUCUUAAUGGCCCAGUAACUGUUACUCGCCGAGUAAAGAACGUAGGGGCUCCGGGCACAUACACAGUCAAAGCCAAGGCACCACCUCAGGUUUCAGUGGUUGUUGAACCUUCAAGCUUGGAAUUCAAGAAAGCCGGUGAAGAGAAGAUUUUCAAGGUUACUUUUAAGCCUGUAGUGAAUGGAACGCCGAAAGACUACACCUUUGGGCACCUUACGUGGUCAGAUAGCAACGGCCAUCGUGUCAGGAGUCCUCUUGUGGUGAAGCAUGCGUAGAUGUUCAUUGUAGAUGACAAUUUCAGUACACACAACUGUACUUUCAUCUAUAAU